GUUAUUGAUGUGUUAUAAGAUUCAUGUUUUAUGUACUCAGUGAGAUUAUCAGGUCCGGGUUUAUGAUUAAUUCUUCCCUCAGGCGAAGAACGCACCUCGUUCAAUCUUUCUCCGUCGUCUUUCUUUACUGGUUCUACGUUUUUUCAUAAUUAAUAUUUCCCGAGCAAACAAAUCUCUCUUAUAUAUAAUACAUAAAUCGAAAUAAAUAUAUUAAAAAAGAAUAAAAAAAAAUAAUGGCGUCUUCGAGCGGAAACUCGGCCGGUUCGGAGGGCGGGGAUUUGCAGAACGUGAUGGAUCAGCGCAA